UGACUCUCAGUUUGCGUCGUGCUGUUGGAUCGCGCAGUUCGCUAGUUCGUCGGCAGAAACAGUCUCCUUCGCCUAUAUAAUUUUAGAAUCUAUUUUUACCCCCUAAAUAUAAGGUACACGCAUGUGUAGAAGUGCGCCUUUAGCGGAUAUUGGCCAAAUAGUUACCGUGGAACGUUAGAAAUACUCUAAGGAAGCAGGAAAACAACCAGCAUUGCGCCUGCUACCAAGUGAUGUAACCACGAGCAACACAAAUCCUCUCCUGCGCUCAUCUCCCAGCGGCUUCUGCGUCGUAUUUUGUUUACCUCUGGGCCAAAACCAAAACAGAGACAUGUCGAAAAAGUGCUCAGUGCGAUCGCUGAGCGACAGCGCCUUGGCGGAGCUGGCCAAUCUCUUAGUGUCCACCAUCAGCUACGCGCAGUAUGCCCCGGACGUGCAGCUGGACAUCAACAUCGUGAUGGUGGAACUGAACGAGUAUCUGGCCCAGCUUGGAGCCACUCCCAAUAUAUACCAGGAUCUGCUCAGGGUGAUCGUCAGCUCGGACUAUCUGGACGCCAAUAUGCGGUUCACCUGCCUGCAGAUGCUGCUCAACUGCGGCGUUACUUUCCUGAUGACCGAGGUUUUUCCCUUCAGUUACUACGAAAAGAUUCUCCAGGUGAUUGCAGCCCAAGGAGCUGGACUGAGAGUGCUGAAUAUCAAGGGAAUCUGGGUCAAGGAGGAGCACAUGCACUACAUGUACGAUAUAGUCAGGAAAUGCAAGCAGCUGGUCAAGUUGUAUGUGCCCUAUAUAGCCAACGAUCGGCUGCUGGAGGAGAUUGGUAACUGCUGCACUCGUCUGCAGAUCCUGGACAUUUCCGGCGAGACCGACAUCACGGAAAUCGGCAUCGAUCUGCUGGCCAAGGGCGUCUGCUCACAGUCACUGACCGUUGUGGAUGUGGGCAUGCCAGGCGAGGAGAACAUCUGCUACUCGGACAUUGCCCUCAUCCUGGAGCACUGUCCCCAGGUGGAAACGCUCUCCACUUACUCCUUUGUCGGCGCCUCCCUAAAGUUUAUCCACGACAAUGUCGACGAUCGCUUCAAGUGCCGACUGAAGUACAUCCACGACACAGGAACGGAUGAAGCCACCUUGCAGGUGAUCAUGCAGACGUGUCCUAGACUAGAGGCCCUCUAUCUGGACUCGCCCAAGACGGGUAGCCUGAGGGCUCUUAGCACGCGCAAUUUGCGCAAACUGAAGAUCUACAAAUUUGUGGUGGCCGAGCUACUGCCCCUGCUGGAGCGUCCGAUUGGCAGGAAUCUGCGGCACCUAACCAUGAUCAAGGGACUGGGGAACCUGGAGCUGGGCAAGCUGGCUCGCCUGUGUCCCUCGCUCAUUGAUCUCGACUGCUAUAUGAUCGACAGUCUGUCCUACGGAGCCGGACACGCCAAGUUCCAGCAGCUGGAGGGUCUGGAGAUCCUAAGCAGCGCCAUUCUUACCAGUUCCUUGAAGGCCUUCCUCUGCAAUUCCACCGAUCUGAAGAGACUGGCGGUGGACACGGUGGAGUUCACUGACGAGGAUAUUGUGAGCAUGUUUAUGCAACACGAUUUCAAAGUUUUGGAGGAUGUGUGGUUCACUCUGGCGCCAGAGCUCACAGUGCAGUCUGUGGAGUUACUAAUGGACAGCUGCCCGGAACUGCAGUCCGUGGGUCAACUGAAUGGCUGGUCCCUGACGCCCGAUGAUUUGGCGCUGAUUCGUGGACUCCUUAAGAGCGGCAAUUCGAGCAUUGUACUGACACCAAACGGUUUUCUAGCUUGAGUAUUAUUAAGUCGUUAUUUUCAGCUUUAUAAUUUAAGUUUGUGCUCUACUCUUAAAUUUACUUAUAACGUAAUCGUUUAUCUUUCCAGCGCCUUCAAUAGCACUCGCGUUGUCUCUCUCCCGCCAGGUGGAGCAAACUUUGUUGUGAGCAAGUCAAGUGUUGUGUAUUCUAGUCUGCUUGUGAUAUUAUUAAAAUAAAGUUGCUUUAAAUUAUA